GGUGUAUAUUUUAUUUUAUUUUAUUUUAUAUUACUCAGGGAACGUGGAACGACGAGCUGACGUAUGCGUGCGCAAGGUAGGGGAAGGGGGCGGGGCAGGUGGUCGAACUGUGGUAGGUACUGGAUGGAGAACUCCGUCCCGCAACCACCUCCUCAAGUUCAACCGCCUGUGCCUCCCUACCCCGUAGCGGCUGCCCUGCCGUUUCCCCCUUUCCAACCUCAUGGAGGGUUUUAUCAGCAGCCUUUCCCGGCUGUUACACCCCCGUUUGGCUUUGCCCCCAUGGCACAGAGCGUGGCACCUGCUCCAGCCCAAGGUCCUUGGACGUACGCCGGAUCAAACUCAGCGCUAGCGCAAGGGGGUGGGCAAUUCAAUAACGGUUAUGGAAGGGGAAAUGGAGGGUAUCAGCCACGUGCUUUCUUUACUCGUGAGCAUGCUGACUUCAUCGAGAAGUUAAAACUGAAGGAUGUCGUGGAGGAGGCGCGGAAGAAAGACUUGGAAGAAAUUACGCGGUUAAAAGGACUGGGUUGGGAGAUUGAAAAGCCAAAAGCAAAAGGAAAAGAGAAAGAAGUGGAAAUAGAGAGAGCUCAAGGAGACAAGAAGGGGAUGAGCAAGAAGCAAGUUGGGAAGGACAAGGGGAAGGAGAAAGUUGCAGACGAAGGAAAGGAAGAUGCGAUGAAGAAAUGGGUAGCAUCGAACUUCGGAGGGUCACUGAGGAUUCUAUCGGAAAAGAUGGAUGAGGUAGAGAGGAAAUCCAAACUGAGAGAUGCUGAGUUGGAAGAGUUGAAAAUACUGCGGGCUGAAAAGGAGUUGAGAGAAUUGAGGGAGAAUUCAAGCUCAGAAAAGAGGAAAAGAGAGACAGUGUCCCCGACAAAAUUGAGGAGAGGGAAGAGUAGAUCCCGGUCUGGUCUGCUGAAGAAAGGAGGAAAGGGGGAGAACACGAAGCCAGUUGAGGUUUCAUCAGAUGAGGAAGGGAAGGAGAAGGAUGCCGUCGUACAAAACCUGAGCAGGAAGAUGGAAGGUUCAACUUGGGGGAUAAGGAGGUGUCCGAACUUAGGGAACUGAUUAAGGAACUGCUGGCAGCAAAAGGGCGAGAUGCUAGUAGUAGUAAUGCGGGAGCAGAGCAGGAAAC